UAACACUUGUCUCUCUCUCCUUAUUUACAUGGCCGACUUCUUAGUGUCUUCAAGCGGGCUAGAGCAAGCACUAGAGGACAAGUGGGGCCAGAGAACACUCGAUCCAUGGACACCAGAGGACGUGGAAGAAGAUGAACUUUACAAAAGAUUAGGAUCACCUGUCAGACUGGGACUACCACCUUUUGAAGAGAACACAGGACUAGAAGAACAGGAGGGACAGGGAGAGGUUGUAUUAGGAGAGAGAUCCCCUGAUCUUCUUCCCCCUCCUCCUCCUCCUGCUGAUAGUAUCACUUACCCACUUCAUGACUCACCUGUUACCAGGUCCGAUGAACAGUUAAUAUUCGCAGAUGUUCCAGACCCAGUAAGACUCAGGGGGGUCGGAGGUACUACCAUAUUUGGUCUUAACAAUCGUUUUGAUGACGAAUUCCCCUCUUACCUCGUUGGCAAGGUGGCACCAGAAGAGUUUCACGCUACUUUAGAGAGGAUUAACUCCAUACUGUACAAGAGUAUUCCUUUUAAUUUGAAGUGUCUCAUUUGCGGUUGCUUGUGUUGCUGCUGCACCUUAGGAAUAUCCUUAGGGCCUGUACUGUAUCUCAGCAAACGAACCAGGACAAGGUUAGAGAAGGUCAUCUCCCAGGAGAACUGGAGGCUCUACAAUAAGCUGGGACUUAACAUUAAACUGCAGAAGGAGUUCUGUGAUGGAAACAACCUCAGAGAAUAUGUUAUAUACAUUGAAUUUUUACCAAAGCAACCACUGUAUUAUCCUGACUAAAUUAAUAAUUAUUUUUACAAUAAUCAGAAGAGUAAUGACUAAACUGUAGCACUAUUGUGUAUAGAUAUGCAUAAUUUAAAAGUAUAAAAGUUAAAAAUAA